UCUGAUGCCAACGAAUUGCUAACUUCAUUUAUUUACAUGAUUGACGCUUGUGUUUUCAGAGUCAAGAUAAAUGUGUAAUUCGCUAAUUUGCAGUAAUUGUUCAAAUAAUAUUAAAAAAGUGUAAUAAAAUAAGUGAAAUUGGAGGAUAAGUUCCAUAAUUAGGAGUCGUGUGAUGUCCUGAUGGCACUACCAAAUAAUUACAAGCAAGUCUCGAUGUCGAUGGCCGGCCCACAGACGCCUAAUCAACGACUUAGGGCAUCUGGCAGUUCCAACUCCAAUUCAGGGAAGGAGACAAAUCCAUUUACUAUAACACCAAGUGGUAAUCCAUCAUUUCUACCACAAAAAGUUGGAAAAAAUACUACAAAUGAUUCUCGAACGCCAAAGCCACCGAAACCACCAGAAAAACCGCUUAUGCCCUAUAUGAGAUACAGCAGAAAAGUAUGGGAUCAAGUAAAGGCUCAGAAUCCAGAGUUGAAGUUAUGGGAUAUUGGAAAAAUUAUUGGUCAAAUGUGGCGAGAGCUCCCAGAAUCCGAGAAAAAUGAUUACGUAGAGGAAUACGAAUGCGAAAAGGCGGAAUAUGAAAAAUCAUUGAAAACUUAUCACAAUUCUCCAGCUUAUUUAGCAUAUAUAUCUGCUAAAAACCGAGGUAUUUACAUUAGAAUAUUCGAAUGUAUUAUCUUUAAUAAUCGUUUCUUUAUAGCUGCGCAGGGAAAUGAUGAUCGCGAUACCCAUGAGAGAACUAGAGAUUCCGGAAAACAGGCUGCUGAUCGGCGAAUUGAUAUUCAGCCGGCGGAAGAUGAAGAUGAUCAAGAUGAUGGAUAUUCUGUAAAACAUGUGGCCUACGCGAGAUACUUACGAAAUCAUCGUUUAAUUAAUGAAAUAUUUUCUGACACGGUUGUUCCCGAUGUUAGAUCUGUGGUAACAACAGGCCGAAUGCAAGUUUUGAAGCGACAGGUACAAUCAUUAACAAUGCAUCAGAAAAAGCUUGAAGCUGAAUUACAACAAAUCGAAGAGAAAUUUGAAGCAAAAAAGAGGAAGUUCAUAGAGAGCAGUGAACAAUUUCAAGAGGAAUUAAAAAAGCAUUGCAAGCCGGCCGUUGAUGAUGAUACUUUCCAAAAGUUAGUCGAUAGGCAAUACGAUUUAUUAAGGAAAGAACGGAUUAAGAGCCAAGAAGAUCAGAAAACUAAAACUGAGGAACCUAGUACAAAUGGAAAUGAGACACCAGAGCCUAGCAAUUCGAAUAACACCAAUAAAAAUGGAACGGAAGAAAAUCAGUCAACUGAACCUGAAGUGCCCGAGGAGAAAGCGCCUCAAGAAGUUGUGAAGAAGGAUUCUCCGCAACCUCAAGUGCCAGUGGCGAAUGGAAGUUUUCCAUCUGAAGAGAAACCUCCUGUUGAAGCUGAACCAUCACCUCCAGUUUCUACUCCUCAAUCGAACCAAUCACCCACGCAGACACCUCCAGCAAAUCCUCCACCUCCGACGGCAAACCAUAUGACGCCACACAUACCUAUUCCACAACAUCUGCAUGGUCCGCCACCUCCUAACACAGGAACUCCACCGUCACCGAUGAUGCCGCCUGCUCAAUAUCCUUACCAACAGUAUGGACAAGGCAGUCCGCAGUCUGUUCCACUGCCACCGCGUCCUCCUCAUCCUUCAUAUCCAUCGUAUCCUCAGCAGCAAGGAUAUCAUCAGGGUCCCUAUCCUCAGUAUCCACCACCACCACCUCAUGCUUACUAUAAUCAACCGUACCCACAAUAUCCGCCGCAUCUUGCGUCAGGUAUGAGGCAUCCGCAUCCAUAUCCACCAUCUCAUGGAGCACCGUCACCGGCUGGCGAUAAUCAAGAUGGUCAUCCUCCAUCCAUGUACGGACCCACGGCCGUGCCUUCAACUCCGACAACGGACGACAGAUCUUCACAAGAAUCUUCUGAUAACAAUACACCAGCUGAUAAUUCACCAUCCGAUGAUAAACACGAAAAAAUGGAGACUGACAGUGCGGAUAAAGAUAAAAAGGAUAAUUAAAAUAGCAUUUCUUAACCCUUUGUGUAUAGUUAUCCUAAUAAUCUGAACAAAAUAUUUUUGUUCUAUUACAAUAGAAAGGGUUAGAUAUUCAUGUUUUCACUUAUACGUUCUUUUUUCUGUUUGUAUAAUACAAUUAUUUUCUUUUGUAUGAAGAGCAAAAGAGGUUUUAUAUUAAAAAUAU